AGCUCUGUAACUCCAGAGGCAGCAGUGUUGUGGAGUUUGAGAGCUCAGUGUCUCAGGUGGUGAAGAUCUCAGGGCGAGUUCUGUCCACACUGCUGUUCGAGGGCUCCUCUAACAGCCUUCACUUCAGCGAAUAAAGUAAUGGAACAGCCCUUAAGAUGUGGACUGGAAAUGACCAGGCCUACUGGGAAACUAUUGAAACAGGAACUGGGAGCGGUUUGGGCGAGCGAUGAGCAAAUCAGCCCACCGCCCACUCUCAACACCCUCCAUUAUACACAUCCAUUUUCCCUCGAAAUGGCUGCAAACCGUGAGGACAGCGCGCUGGCGCAAACAGCUGGCAAAGAGCCAGCAGAGACCAACAGCAUACAUCACCCUCCUGUCUUGUCUAUGAGGAUAGUGCUGGUGGGGAAGACUGGUGUGGGGAAGAGCUCUACUGGAAACACCAUCUUGGACCAGGAGGUCUUCCACGUGUCCUAUUCUGCCCAGUCAGUGACCAAAGACUGUAUAAAGGCCAGAGCAGAGGUUGACGGUUAUGAAGUGUCUGUGGUCGACACUCCUGGUUUAUUCGACACUGACCUGACAGAAACAGCAGUGAUUAACAGACUGGUUGAAUGUAUCACUCUGUCCUGUCCUGGACCACACGUCUUCCUCCUGGUGCUCAGACUGGGUCGCUUCACUCAGGAGGAUCAACAGACGGUGAAGAGACUUCAGUGGAUCUUUGGUGAUGAGGCGCCUAAAUACACCAUCGUUCUCUUCACUGGGGGGGACCGACUGAAAAUCCAUACCCUAGAGGAGUAUUUGGCUACAGCAGGAAACGAGCUGAGUCAGGUGGUGGAGACGUGUGGUGGACGCUAUCAUGUCUUUAACAACGAGAACAUGGCAGACCGCACUCAGGUCACUGGACUGAUGGAUAAGAUCUUCACAAUGGUGUCAGAAAAUGAUGGUGGCUCCUACACCAACGAGAUGUAUGAAAGUGUGGAGAGAGCGAUUCAGGAGAGAGAGGAAGAGCUGAGAAGCGAGAUGGAAGAACUGGUUAAGGCCAAAGACAAAGAGAUAGUCCAGCUGAAGUGGGAGCUCAGAGAAAGAGCAGAGAGAGACGUGAAGAAGAAGAAAUUUCCACAGUUCAGAAAAGUCACAGAGCAGUGUAAACAGCAGUGAUAGUGACUCUCACUCAAACACUCUCCACUUUUCUCUCCGUCCUGUCUUCCUCAUUUAUCUCAAAAUCUACAUCGAGUGUUUUCACUGUUUAUUACUUUUUUACAUGCAGUAUUGCGCUUUAAUACUUAUAUACUUGUUAUGCCUUUAAACUUAAGACCUUCAGACGUUAUAUAGCAAUUCUGAUAUAUUGGGGGUAUCCAAAAAAUCCUCUUAUUAAGUCAGUAAACAUAACGUUCCGUUAAAAUGUUUGGUACUGUAGGUUAAUGCAGAGUUUUGAUUAAGUACGCCUAAAAUCCUAAAAGUAAAACACAAACAAAUCCUCUAUGUUCAAUUGUAAAACAUUGUUUUGCUAAAGAAACUACUAAAAAUGGCCCCAGUGAGUCCCUAAAUCUCAACACUCAUGAUCACUCAAGACCUAUGAAUAUGCUGUGUUAGCCUUCUCGCUAAGGUAUUAUUAACCUCUAGUGCUAAUGAGGAUAGUACAUCAAAAGUAGCUUAAGCUAACAGCUACACACAAAAACACAGAUUUACCCACUCAGAUUUGAGUCUUUAUUUUCUAAACUUGCGUAAGUGAGACUUCAGUGGGCCAGAAUGAUCAUGUGUGGUUGUGUGUAAAGCUGUUAAGUCCUACUUGCAAAGCUAACAGUAGCUUCUGGUGCUAACAAGGACCAUAAAUAAAAAGUUGCUUAAGCUAAUAGCUCCACACACAGGUACAAAAUUACAGAGUUGCUGCUCUGUAAUUUGUGUGAGUGAAGUUUCAGUGAGCUGGAAUGAACCUGUGCUGUGAAUCAAAUCUUUGGCAGA